GGUCGCCUGGCCUUCCAACACGUCAGAAAGAAGCCGGAGUUUAGUAGUCAAAGCGACGUAAAGAAACCCGAGCAGCUGGGGAGGCGAAUUUCUACAACAGAUUUGACAUAAUGGAUGAGCAAGACAUACCCAUUGACAUUCAUGGACACAAGCUCCUCGACUGGCUUGUGUCUCGCAGGGAGGUCAAAAGAGACUGGUCGACAAAGACGCGCAUCAUAAGAGAGAAGAUCAACAAUGCCAUCCAGGAUAUGCCUGAACAUCCAGAGAUCACAAAACUGCUCUCAGGAACAUACAUAAACUAUUUUCACUGCCUGAAAAUCGUUGAGAUCUUGAAGGAGACAGAAAAGGAUACCAAGAAUAUUUUAGGAUGGUAUGGUUCCCAGCGGAUGAAGGAUUGGCAGGAAAUUACCCGGUUAUAUGAGAAGGAUAGUGUCUAUCUGGCAGAGGCAGCUCACCUUCUGAUGCGCAAUGUCAAGUAUGACAUCCCAGACCUCAAGCAGCAGAUAUCCAAGGGGACUCACAUACAGGAGGUGAGUAUUUUCUCUCUCUCUUCUCUCUCUCUCUCUCUUUUCUUUUUUUCUUUUCUUUUCUUUCUUUUCUUUUCUUUUCUUUUUUCUUUUCUUUUCUUUUCUUUCUUUUCUUUUCUUUUCUUUAAUCGAGCUUUCAAGUUAUUUAAUAUAAAUGAGUUUUCGAAGCUCACUAAUUACCAAAUUAUUUUCCAUCUGACCUUUCAGAUAAAGCAAGAAAUAUUAGCACUGUUAAAGGAGCUUCCAGGGGAGUUUGCUGAAAUAGCCGAGAAAGCUAAAACCCUUCAAGGUGCGCGUCAGCUUUACAUGGAUUUCUUAUCUUUUACCCUAGAAGAAGACUGCAACUGCCUUCCGAUGUUGAAGUAUAUAAUGGAACAUGGGAAUGUGACAACAUAUGAAUGGACGUAUGGUGAGCCGCCCUGCCAGAUUGAGGAGCCGCAGAUCGAGAUAGAUCUGGAUGAUGAUCAGAAAGAAGAUGCUGGUGAAAUUGAUUUUGGUGAUGUUGGGGGCACCAUUGACUUCAGUACUGCAGAUAUUGAGUUAGCAGAAGACCUGACCACAGGAGAUAUUGACUGGGGAAAUCUUGGCACUGAGGAAUCUCAGACCAUUGACUGGGGUGUAGAUGUGAAUGAUGUUGCUACAGUGGAUAUUGUGGUUGAAGACUCGGGUGUGUCUGGAGGUGUUGCUAAAGGGACCGAGGCUCUUACAUUACUGUACAACCCCAAGACUCGUGCACAACUGAUUGAUGAGUUGUAUGAACUGGAAGGAUUCUUGAAACAGCGUCUGAUAGAACUGGAAAGUGAGGAGUCAAGCUUCUCGAUCAACCAGUUCUCUAGUGCUCCCAUCUCUGUGCAAGACCAAUCCAAAGAGCAGUUGGAGGUUAUGGUCAGCCACAUCCGGAAUGUGAUCGACCCUCUUGGCACAAACAAGAUGCAGCACCUCUUCCUCAUUUACUCUUCUCCAAAGUAUGUUGAUAGGCUUGCUGCGUCACUCAGGUCAAAACUAACAGUUGCCGAUAAAUUUGUAAUUUCUCAAGAAGGUGUUCGCCAGCGCAGGCUGGAAGCUCAACAAGAGCAGCAGAAAGUCCACCCAAAGUUGGCAUUGAUGAUUGAGAGAUCAAAGGAGCUGAAAGUCAAUAUUGAAGAACACAUCUCCAAACGUUAUAAAAACAGACCUGUCAAUCUGAUGGCCCUUGGCCUAUCUAUGACAUAAAUUGGGCCUUUCUGACUAGUAGAUUAGUAUAUAUACACUUUUUCUGUUUUCAGUGGGAUAUAUUGUUGUUAGAUUUUUUUUAUUAUGGUUUAAAUAAAGAAUAUAAGGUAUAAAU